AUGAAUAUUGCUAAGAAUAAGAAUGUUGGUGAGAAUAGAAGUCUUGAGCUGCGACAUCAAGUUUCUGGCGAGUCUAGCAAAAGAUUAUCUUCCUGCGGAUCCGAAGCAGGACACAAGAAGCAACUCCCUCGGCUAUGGAAGCAGACCACCCCAAUGAGUCAGGCCAUAAUCCAAAACCACCUUGAGCAUCAGCACCAGACAUUUGUUCGAUCUCCAUCAAAGAAAGAACUCACAGUUCCCUCCUUCGGUUUUGACUCCGGUGAAAUGAGCAUGCUCCAAAGUCUAGAAGAGAACCCCGAAGAGGAUUUCAUGUCACUCUUGCCACCUGUGUCCUCACAGAGACGGUUCAGCGAUAAUCCACCAAUGAAUAAACAGCUCGCGGGAUGUGCAUUCCAACCCAUGACAUCGCCUGCCAUCAUCAACUAUUCAACACGCCAUCUUGAAUCAAACUUGAAGCUGCGAAGUGCCCCAGCACGUUCCUUCUGCUGUAUUUACCACAAAAGACAUGGAUAUGAUAAGCCUUACCGUUCGCCCAAUUGUACCUGCUCCUGUAGUCAGCUUCGGAAAAACCCCACCUCCAGCUCCUAUACGGAGAUGAUCAUGAUGUAUCCCAGGGAUAUGGGGCUGCCAGCGUGCUGUCAUUCUCCUCAAAACUCAGAAAAUUUCCUAACCGAAGACUGUUGUAGCUGUUCUAGGCAAAAAACAAACAGACUGGUGAUAGAUCCUGUCACAAAUGAGAUGGGGAGUGGUCGAUGUUUUUCCCCUCUGCCACUACAGACAACAAGUACUUCACGAAGUCCUGGAAGUCCACCUUUUACUUCCUCCACUUUUGGUGCACCCAACCCGCAACAAUUGCAGCAGGAGCGCUUGUCACGUCAAAUUCGUCGUGAUCGAUUGACAAUUGACAGAGACGCGGAAAUUUCGUUCCCUAAUUUGCUAAAAAAAGGGGAGACCUUUGAACAGGAACUACAACGGCGUCUUGAUAGGGAAGUACAAAAAGAUAUUUCAGAAGAAGUCAAUGGUACAUCUCAACCACAGGCUUCACGCUUAAUCCCACCAGACUUGGUCUUCAGUCCGGCGUCCAGACGUGUAUCAGCUGUAGACAUAGGUGAAGUUGUGGUGGGGUCAUCAGUCAUUAAUAUGCUCACCAUUAAUUCCCCAUCACGACAACUGUCUCGUCAAAAUUCAAUCUAUUCCAUGGAGGAAAGUGUCCUUCAACAGCAUCAUACAAACACCAUCUCACCUCAAGGAAGUCUUUGCUCGGAGAGGGGUACGUACCUAACUCCAGAAUAUCAAACUUGUUCUAUAGCAAACGUCGCAAAAAUUGAUUCCAAGAAAUGGGUAAAACCGGCUCGUUCUUUCGACCAUUUCUCAGGUACAAAUUUUGUUGUACAAAGAGCUGCUUCUCACUCCCCUAGUCAUCUAGCCGCGUACACACAAGAUCAGUCAAAACCCACAGUGCAUCUAUCGGAUACCGACUGCUUUGUAAGAACCCAGAAGAUUUUUGAAAGGCAAUUUGUGCCAGGUGACGCAAAUUACAAUAGAACACCAGAGUUCCUCUCAAUAGACUCCUCCAACAGCGAUCCCCAACACAUUGAAGGGGAAAUUCUCAGGGAGCAGAAGUGCUCUUUUUAUCAAGACGGACCCCUGCCAUACAGUAGCCGACGCCAUUUCCGAUCAGAAUCCAGUGGCGAAGAGAAACGUGCCCCUGUUCUGCUCAAGCUGAAACCCACAUCACUGACAAUCAGUGUUGACUGUCUAAAACAAAAGACCCCAUCUGGGGGACCAGGGAUUUACAGUGCUGGCCACCAUCGUGUCCCUUUUUAUGACAAUUCCCACACUUACCGAGAAGCGACAAAACGCUUGGCACAAAAGAAGAAGCAGCAACGGUCGGGAAAGGAGCUGCAUCCCCGAAAAAGUCUCGAGGUCGAGUCUGCCUGGUCUUCUUCUCAAUCAACAUCAUUUCCAAGUUCAAAGUCGCUUAGCCAGAAUAUUCACUGUCGCUCAAAGUCCUCCGAAACAGAUAUACGAGGCAGUUUAUCCCCGGCGACAAAGUGCGUGCGUCGUGACUACACGAUAGACGAAAAAACCGACGAGAUAUUCCAGGCUUUCUUACAACAUGAUCCUUUAAUGGAUGAAAUGACACCACAGCAUCCCCCAAAGUUGGGAAAAGGAGUUUGCAGCAAUCGUGAGCAAAGAGGGACCAAUGGAUAA